UAACAGAAAGCAUUUUUAUGAACAUCCAAUCAAUUGCUGUUGGUAAUGCCAUUUGAAGAUGGCCUUACCAUUUUCACCUGUCCUAAGAAAUUUGUAAAAUAUUCGGAUUAUCUUUUCUAUUCCAGAUCAUUCACAAAUUAAUGUUUUGAUAACUAAACUUGACUUGUCUCCUCUAAUUAGCUUAAAUGAUGACUUCAAAUUACAGAUGGUGGUGGUCGAUGAAAAGUGCAGGCAACAGUAUAUAUUUAUUCACAACUAGUACAGAAAGCCUAUGUAUACCUUCUUCCUCAGUGGAAUGAAAAAAAUAAGGUCUAGUAAAAACUGCAUAUGAACAUAAGCAAAACCAUGACGAUUUUAAGGCAUUUUUUAGCUAGACUGCCUUUUAUAUUCCUGAUAUCAUGUUUGUUGUUUUUGCAGAAGCUCUUAUGGAAAAUUCAGCUUUGUUCAUGGACAGUAAGGAUAUAGCUUGUGCAUCUUUCUCCUCUGGAGAAGGACAUGUGACAGAUAAGCCUGGUACGUCCUUCAGUAGAGAAGCAGAUAGACCUGAAGACACCAAAUUAAGCGGUGAUGUCUCUGGAGCAGCAGCCAGCAUGAAGCCAAAGUUCAUACAACGGGCCAAAACAUGGUCAGAUGAAGUUGAAAAUCUAUACAGAUUUCAGCAAGCUGGCUACAGGGAUGAAAUUGAAUAUAAACAAGUAAAGCAUGUUGAUGUGGUGGAAAGGUGGCCAGAAACUGGAUUUGUGAAGAAGCUUCAAAGAAGGGACAAUACUUUCUACUAUUAUGAUAAGGAAAGAGAAUGUGAAGACAAAGAAGUCCAUAACGUUAAAUUGUAUGCCUACUAAUUUAUGUUACAUCCACUGUUUUUAGAAGUAAAAUUGUCUGAUUUUUUUUUGUCUUGAAUAAAAUGGAACCCAUUAAAAAGUUUUUGAGACUAACUCGAUCUGAUUUUAUAUAUGGCUCCACUCUGAAAAAGAAAGAUAAAGAUAGUAGUUUUAAUGAACAAUGUAAAAAUAAGCAUAAAAAUACAAAAGGAAGGGUUGCUUUUGAGAUUUCAGUUAGUUUGGGGGAUUCUUAAGGCUGUAAUGGUAUAUCUGGAAGAUAAACUCAGUGGACUUUUUGAGGUAUGUGCAUUGUGCUACAGUCUUAGCUUGGUCUACUUCUUAUAUUGUAAUAUAUUUUCUGAGUAAUUUGGUUAUAACUUUCCCCUUAGCUCCCUUCAGCUCCAUUUUAGUUCAGCUUUAGUAGGUGAAUUUUGUAAGAAAGCAUUACCCAUGACAAAGUCUAGAGCGCUACCUUUAGUAUUUUAAAAGGAAAUGGAUCUACUCUGCAGCAAA